GGUUGCACUGAAAGGUUGAAGAUGGGGAAUACAAUAGAACAUCCGUCUGUGGAGCUUCCCCCGGAGAAGCUGGUGAUGGUCACAGGUGGAAACACUGGGAUUGGAUAUGAAACAGCAAAGUCCAUAGCUGAGAUGGGAGCAAGAGUGUGCAUCACGUGUCGCUCAGAGGACAAAGCUAAAGCGGCUAUAGAACGGAUGCAGGAAGAACAUAAGAACGAAAUGCAGAAGAGAAGUCAUGCAGAGAAUGCUGCUGCCCAGGCGUCAUCUCAACCCACCAGUGAAGAAAUUGAAAUCAAGCCACUGAAUGUGGAGUACAUCAUAGUGGAUCUCGCCUCGUUGCAAUCCACAAUGGACUUCAUUCAGGAGACCAAGGAGAGGAUGCAGUACCUUAAUAUCUUGGUCUGCAAUGCUGGAAUUGGCUUUGCCAAACAAGCAUAUACAGAGGAUAAUUACGAGUCUCAUUUCCAAGUCAACUACCUGUCACAUCUCCUCAUUGUGCUGCAUCUCAUGCCGCUGCUGCAGGCUGGUGCUCCCGACUCCCGCAUCGUUCUCCUGUCAUCAGCGGCGCAUAAAGGUGGGAAACUGGACCUGGACAACAUGCAGGGCCGCAAGUCCUACAGUCGGAUAGGAGCCUACGGAUCCUCCAAGGCCUACAUGAUCAUGGCAGCACACUUUCUGUCUCGAAGACUGGAGGAGACUGGAGUGAGCACUUUCUCUGUCGACCCUGGAAUUGUGGACACGGAUAUUGUGAAUAACUACAGUGACUGGAAACUGUUGAGCUUUUUUGGAGGGGCUUCGAAAAAAAUGGGCAUGAUGCGUACUCCGAAAAAGGGGGCUGCAACAAGUGUUGUGGCCUGUGUUGAUCCAAGCCUCCGUGGGAAAACUGCAGUGUUCAUGAAGAGUUGUCGACCUGCUAACCCUGCUAACUUCUGUCGGGAUGGCAAAAAACAGGAGGACCUUUGGGGUUACAGUCUUGGAUGUCUCAACCAGUUCAUCUCUGAUGAUGUGCUCAAAGAAGCCUUCCCAUCAGCGAGGCCUGAUCUGCUGACCAUUCCCAAGGACACAAGGACAGUCGAAGAGAAGAUUGCUGAUGAUUCAGGGAAGAAAGAAGGGAGUUCAGGUGACAAAGAGAUGGGAGACAAAUCCAAAGGAGGAGAGGCAUCUUUGGAGAGGAAGCAGGAUGAGGAGCAACCAGAGAUAGAGUCUUCAUCUGGAGCUACAGAGGUACCCUCUGAAAAAGUCAAGGCAUCGCAGGAACCAUAUGGGACUAAUUUAGAAGAAAAGAUACCUGAAGACACACUCAAAGACGAAGACAACGAACCCAAGGCAUCCUCCAAACAGGAGCAGACAGAAGAGCAGCCGAAAAGAGAAUUACAAUCUGCAGCUGCAGAAUUACCCACUGAAAGGGUUAAGGCAGAGGAAAAACCCAGCGGGCAGGUUUCAGAGGAAAGGGGCGUGACAGAUGAUGCAGAAAAUAAGUAAUUAGCAGCUGAGAACUGCAGCAUCUUCAGAUAAUAAGCAGGUGUAGAACAACCAGAGAGGGAACCUUUAGCUCAGGUAGCUUCUGAAAUUGACCAGACAUUAGGAGAAUCAAAUAUCAGGGGAGAGGUGCAGAACGCCAGUAUGCGGAUAGUGUGCCGGACAAAAAUGAACACUUUAUAUGAAAAAUGAAAUUGGCGAAACACAACAAUGAUGAUUCCACGCAGUAUAUGGAUAUUGUGCGAGACAAAAAUGCUCAUUAAUGCGUUUUCAUAUGUCGAACACACACACACGUCGAGUGCACACAUUUUCUAUGAGAUUCAUAGACGAAACACACAGACUUUGUAUAUAAUAACCAGCCUUAUUUAACACUCAUACAUGUAAUUCCACACGAAGUAUAUAGAUAGUAUGCGGGACAAAAAUGCUCAUUUACGCGUUUUCAUAUGUCGACUACACACACUUCGCAUGCUGUACAUUGUCUAUGGGAUUGGUGCGACAAACAUACUUUGUAUAUAACCAGCCUUACGGGGACCGUUUGUAAACGAACAUAAUUCCACACGCAGUAUGUGAAUAGUGUGCGGGACAAAAAUGGUCAUUUAUGCGUUUUCAUAUGUCGAAUACACACACUUCGCAUGCUGUACAUUUCUUUACAAUUGGCGGAAUAUACACACUUUGUAUAUAACCAGCCUUAUGGGGACCGUUUGUAGCAAUCCUAAUACCACACGCAGUAUUUGAAUAGUGUGCGGGACAAAAAUGGUCAUUUAUGCGUUUUCAUAUGUCGAAUACACACACUUCGCAUGCUGUACAUUGUCAAUGACAUUGGGGGAACACACACACUUUGUAUAUAACCUGCCUUAUG